CUUGUGCAGAAAGAGGCUGUGCUGCAACGAAUACGGGACUCUAUUCCUCAUCCCUGGUCUAGCUGCGGCCGCCAGCACCUUCGCAAGACGACGACACACCAUAACCAUAACCACAACCACAACCACAACCACAACCACAACCACGGCGCCACGACAUCAAUACUCUCAUUCCCCAAUCACCUCUCGAUGCUUCCUCGUCCAUUUUCUUGACCACGACUCCGCAUGCAUCGCCAAUUAUCUCCCGAGUAACCUUGAUUACCUCCAACCUCCCCGGCCGCCGCCAUGGCUGGGAGACCUCCUCCAGGAGGUUCUUCGACCUCUCGAAAUGACCUUCUACUCGAUCUAGACAAUGAGCAGCCCAUUUACUCCCAAGGUCAAAGAUCAGAUCUAAAUGACGACGACCUGUUGGGAUCAUUUGCGCACGACAACGGAACCCAGUCACGGCCAUCCGUUUCCUACGAUGAUUUUGUCGGUGCUGGCCAGACAACGCAUGCUUCGGUGAAAGCAACCAGGGGUGUACAAGCAGGGCCCUCCUCGACGCCCCCCGAAGGCCCGUAUCUCGCUACUAGGGGCCGGCAAUACAGCCAAACAUCCGGCUUGGGCAACUACCAGAGAUACGCCGACGACUUCGACGACUUCCCCGACGACGGCCAAUCAUAUUAUCAGCAUGAGGGCAAUGUAGGUUCUGGGCCGUCAGAAGCUGGCAUCCAUGCCGCGCGAAAGAGGAAUAGUGUUCUCAGCUUAGGUGGUGGCCUGCUGGGCCGCGCGAAGAAUAUGAUGGGGCUGGGUCAAGGCUAUUCAGAAAUGGAUCUGCCCUUAACAGAGCCAGGAGGAGGGGUCAGAGAUCGGACAGACUCGGAUUUGGAGCCUCGGCCAAAGCGAAACAAGAAAUUCGACAUGGGGAACUUCAAGUUCGGCUUUGGGAGGUCGAAGCCGGACCCUGCGACCCUGGGACCGCGCAUCAUCCAUCUUAACAACCCCCCCGCCAACAGCGCGAACAAAUAUGUCGAUAACCACAUCUCGACCGCCAAAUACAACGUGGCAACCUUCCUUCCGAAAUUCCUCUUCGAACAGUUCUCCAAAUUCGCCAACAUCUUCUUCCUGUUCACCGCCGGCUUACAACAAAUCCCCGGUCUAUCGCCCACCAACAAAUACACCACCAUUGGUCCCCUCCUCAUCGUGCUCAUGGUAUCAGCAGGCAAGGAGUUGGUGGAGGACUACCGGAGGAAGCAGGCAGACAAAGCCCUCAACAUGUCCAAGGCCCGUGUAUUACGGGGAUCGACAUUCAAUGAGACGAAAUGGAUUAGUGUCGCUGUCGGGGACAUCAUCCGAGUCGAGUCCGAAGAGCCCUUUCCCGCCGACCUGGUUCUACUGGCGUCAUCCGAGCCCGAGGGCUUGUGCUACAUCGAGACUGCCAACCUGGACGGCGAGACCAAUCUCAAGAUCAAGCAGGCUCUACCCGAGACCUCCGAGAUGGUCAGCUCAAGCGAUCUUGGGCGCCUUGGAGGGAGGAUCCGAUCAGAGCAGCCCAACAGCAGCUUGUACACUUACGAGGCUACCCUGACAAUGCAGACCGGCGGUGGGGAGAAGGAGCUCCCCUUGAACCCGGAGCAGCUGCUCUUGCGAGGAGCCACGCUUCGAAACACUCCCUGGAUCCACGGGGUCGUGGUAUUCACCGGCCACGAGACGAAGCUCAUGCGAAAUGCCACCGCUGCACCAAUCAAGCGGACCAAGGUCGAAAGACAGCUGAACAUGCUGGUUCUGGUCCUGAUCGGCAUGCUAUUGGCUCUCAGCGUCAUCUGCACAGUUGGCGAUCUCGUCAUGCGGAAAGUUCAAGGAAACGCCCUUCCCUACCUCAUGUUGACCUCCACCAGUACCGCUGUCGAGGUUCUUGUCACAUUCAUCCGAGACAUGGUCACAUAUUGGGUCCUGUUCUCCUCCCUCGUCCCGAUCUCGCUAUUUGUCACCCUCGAGCUCGUCAAGUACUGGCACGGAAUCCUCAUCAACGACGACCUUGACAUCUACUAUGACAAGACGGACACGCCCGCGAACUGCCGUACGUCUAGCUUGGUCGAGGAGUUGGGCAUGGUGGAAUACGUCUUCUCCGAUAAAACGGGAACUCUCACGUGCAACAUGAUGGAAUUCAAGCAAUGCUCUAUUGCUGGCAUCAUGUAUGCUGAUGAAGUGCCGGAAGAGCGGCGUGCGACCGUUGAGGAUGGCAUGGAAACUGGCGUCCAUGAGUUCAAGCAGCUACAUGCAAACCUGAAGACUCACGAGAGCUCGGCCGCGAUUCACCAUUUCCUCUCCCUACUCGCAACUUGCCACACCGUUAUUCCGGAACGCAAUGACGAGAAGGGAGGGGCGAUCAAAUACCAAGCCGCCUCCCCCGACGAAGGAGCGCUCGUACAAGGCGCUCUGGAACUGGGAUAUAAAUUCACGGCUCGAAAGCCCCGAUCAGUCAUCAUUGAGGUCGAAGGCCAGGAACUGGAGUAUGAACUACUAGCAGUUUGCGAGUUCAAUUCCACUCGCAAGAGGAUGUCGGCCAUCUAUCGCUGUCCGGAUGGGAAGAUACGCUGCUAUUGCAAGGGUGCCGACACGGUGAUACUGGAGAGACUCGACGAGCACAACCCGCACGUGGAGGCAACCUUGAGGCAUCUGGAGGAUUACGCCUCCGAAGGCCUACGAACUCUCUGCUUAGCCAUGCGCGAGAUCCCCGAUGAUGAAUACAAGGAGUGGUGGCAGGUGUACGAUAAAGCACAGACGACGGUCGGAGGCAAUCGUGCUGAAGAACUGGAUAAGGCCGCGGAGAUCAUUGAACAUGACCUUUACCUGCUCGGCGCUACCGCCAUUGAGGACCGGCUGCAAGAUGGCGUCCCCGAGACCAUCCACACUCUGCAGCAAGCUGGCAUCAAGGUGUGGGUUUUGACGGGCGAUCGACAGGAGACGGCCAUCAAUAUCGGAAUGAGCUCCAAGCUUCUCAGCGAAGACAUGAUGCUUCUGAUCGUCAACGAAGAAACGCCGGCGGCAACGCGGGACAACAUCCAGAAGAAACUUGACGCAAUCCGGACGCAGGGCGAUGGGACGAUCGAGAACGAGACCUUGGCUCUUGUUAUCGACGGAAAGUCCCUGACAUAUGCCUUGGAGAAGGGCCUGGAUAAGCUCUUCCUCGACCUCGCCGUCAUGUGCAAGGCUGUUAUUUGCUGCCGUGUCUCGCCCUUGCAAAAAGCCCUGGUCGUGAAGCUGGUCAAGAAGUACCAGAAGGAGUCCAUUCUCCUCGCCAUCGGCGACGGUGCGAAUGACGUUUCGAUGAUCCAAGCAGCCCAUAUCGGGGUAGGUAUCAGCGGCAUGGAGGGUCUCCAAGCGGCGCGGAGUGCGGAUGUGUCGAUUGCCCAGUUUCGGUACCUUCGUAAGCUGCUGCUUGUCCAUGGCGCAUGGAGCUAUCACCGGAUUAGCAAGGCGAUCCUUUACUCGUUCUACAAGAACAUCACUCUGUACCUGACGCAGUUCUGGUAUACUUUCGAGAACGUCUUCUCGGGCGCGAUUAUCUACGAGUCAUGGAUGUUGUCGUUCUACAACGUCUUCUUCACCUUCCUCCCUCCCUUGGCCAUGGGUAUUCUCGAUCAGUUCAUCUCGGCUCGUCUUCUCGAUCGCUAUCCCCAGCUUUACAACCUCGGACAAAACAACUCGUUCUUCAAAAUCAAGACGUUUGCGUCCUGGAUCAUCACUGCGGCGUACCAUUCCAUCAUCCUCUACAUUGGGGGGGCUCUGUUUUCGUGGGGAGAUCUGAUCCAGGGGGAUGGCAAAGUCGCCGGCCACUGGGCAUGGGGCACGGCGCUGUAUGCUCCGGUGUUGUUGACCGUCCUCGGCAAGGCAGCUCUCGUCACCAACAACUGGACAAAAUACCACGUCAUCGCGAUCCCGGGCAGCAUGGCUUUCUGGUAUGUUUUCGUCGCCGUUUACUCCAUUGUGGCCCCGAAGCUUCACAUUUCGACUGAGCUCGAAGGGCUGGUCCCACGGUUAUUCCCGAGCCCCCUCUUCUGGCUGCAGGCGGCAUGUCUCGCCGUUCUGUGCCUGCUACGAGACUUCGCCUACAAGUACGUGAAGAGGAUGUACUAUCCGCAGACAUAUCAUCACAUCCAGGAGAUCCAGAAGUACAACAUCCAGGAUUACCGUCCAAGGAUGGAACAAUUCCAGAAGGCCAUCCGGAAGGUCCGGCAAGUCCAGCGGAUGCGUAAGCAGCGCGGCUACGCCUUCUCCCAGGCCGACGAGUCUCAAACACGUGUCCUGCAAGCCUACGAUACCACGCAGCAUCGCGGGCGGUAUGGCGAGAUGGCCAGUUCAAGGCCGACCCAGCAGGGCGGGAGGUGAUUGCGCGUUUGUCAGAUAUCGAAUGUUUUGAUUUAUAAGUGCGUUUGAUACCACACUUUUUGGAGCUCCUUGCUAGCCCGUGACAGUCAUCGUAAUCGCUGUGUCGCGAUCCCUGGCGGCUGUUUCUUUGCUCCAUUCUCGGUUUCUGCCAUUUGUCUUUUUUCCUCCCAAGUUAGCACGGCAGCUGCGCGGUUCACGGGGUUAAGGGGGGUUUUGACUCUUCUCUCAUACAAAAAGGGGUCCCUCUCUUCUUUUGCGUGUUUUGAUAUAUUUCCAUGGCUGCGGGCGCCUUAUGAGGGAAC